AUGGUGCAACUCUUGGACCAAUCGCGCAUCGUGAAGCAAUCCAUUCCCGAAACGAGUGUUGCUACGGCUAUUGGGUCUACACGACUGACGGUGUUGCCAACUCACAAGGUAUCAACUUCAAGAAAGACAAAGCCGCCAAAGAAAAAGAAGAAACCUGAAUUCGAUGCCGAUGACGUUAAUCAGCCUAUUAAGUCUUCACACACGCUGCGCAUGCAGUGGGAGGGCAUGCCGGAGGACGGGCCAAAUCGUACUGUGUUGAAGAAUGCCCCUCCCACUAUAGGAUCCAAGGCCGAAAACGUGUACCCGUCGCAAGGUGUACCACCUGUUGAGCGGGUGGGUAAAAGUAGCAUUGGAUGA